GUCAGGCAGACAGCAUGUGUUGAGCAGAGGCUCAUAGACAGUGAACUACAGCAGCUCAGAGAGAAACUAAGCUAAAAUCUCUAAUAACAGCGACUUUAUACGGGGUUAAACACGAGUUAGACCGUCUGAUUCCGUCCAGUUAAAGUGUUUUGUCCCGGAGACACUCGGUGAGAACUCGUACUAGUUUGCAUGAGAAGCCCGGCUGUGUUGACUACCCGUCAGGCUGGGACAGGAUGGCAGAAGCGGUGGCGAAUGUGGCCAGGAGGAUAAACGCAACGGCGGAGGAGGGAAGAGACACGUUAGACCUGUCCGAAUGCAAGCUGAUCAGUUUUCCUGACGGAGUCUUCAAAGUGCUUCGCAGUUGCACAGAAAACAUACGCAAAAUCACACUGGCCAACAACGAGGUGAAGGCCCUGACCAACAAGUUCUUCACCACCUUCACUCAGUUACGAGAGCUGGACCUGCAGGGGAACGUUCUCACCAAGCUCCCGGACGCGAUCGGAGACAUGGAGCAUCUGGUGAGCAUCAACCUCUCCAACAACAGGUUCAGUGAGUUUCCUGACCGUCUGACGGCCGUCCGCACUCUGGAGAACAUCAACAUGGAGAGCAACCAGAUCUCAGAGUUGCCGUGGGAGCGUCUGUGUGAGAUGCCGGCUUUGCGCAGUGUGGAUAUGAGGAGUAACCCUUUCUCUCUGUCAUCCAGUCAGACCCCACAGAAAUUCACCAUCAUCACAUAACUCACACACACAGACACUCAAACAUAUGCUCCAGUCUGGUCACGUAAUGGGAUUGCCACUUUAUUAGAAUUACCAACAUUGUACUUCCACUGGCCAUUUUAUUAGAAACACCUACCUUAUAUUUCCACUCACUGGCCACUUUAUUAGAAAUACCUGCCCUGUACUUCCACUUCCUGCCCAUUUUAUUGCAAACACCUACCUUGUAUUUCCACUCCCUGGCCACUUUAUUGGAAACAUCUACCUUGUAUUUCCACUCACUGGCCACUUUAUUUGAAACACCUACCUUGUAUUU